UGGUGGGAAAUAUAUUUCAUCUCAUAUCGCUCAGAGACAACCUUCAUAUAAACAGUCAUUGGAAAGAACGCAUAGGCCUACUUCAGAACGUCAACAUGAAGGAUUUUAUCUUGUUGGUGCUGGGAAUAGGACUUCUUCAUACAGCAUCUGCUGUGACUCACUCCCUGAAGUAUUUCUACACCGCAUCUUCUGAAGUUUCCAACUUCCCAGAAUUUGUGGUUGUGGGGAUGGUGGAUGGUGUUCAAAUGGUUCACUAUGACAGCAACAGCCAGAGAAUGGUGCCCAAACAGGACUGGAUGAACAAGCGGACAGACACACAGUACUGGGAGAGGGAGACAGGGAAUGUAUUGGGUUCCCAGCAGAGUUUCAAAGUCGGCAUCAAUACUCUAAAGCAGCGGUUUAACCAAAGUGGAGGGACUGGUGUGCACAUUGUCCAGAAGAUGUACGGCUGUGAGUGGGAUGAUGAGUCUGGAGUCACAGAGGGGUUUAAUCAGUAUGGAUAUGAUGGAGAGGAUUUCGUGGCAUUUGACCUGAAGACCAAGACAUGGAUCGCUCCAACACCACAGGCAGUCAUCACCAAACACAAGUGGGACAGAAACAUAGGUUACAAUGAGAACAUGAACAACUACCUCACCCAGACCUGCAUUGAUUGGCUGAAGAAGUAUCUGGACUAUGGGAAGAGCACUCUGAUGAGGACAGUCCCUCCAUCAGUGUCUCUGCUCCAGAAGACCCCCUCCUCUCCAGUGACCUGCCACGCUACAGGUUUCUACCCCAGUGGAGUCAUGGUGGUCUGGCAGAAAGACGGACAAGAUCACCAUGAAGAUGUGGAGAAUGGAGAGAUUCUCCCCAACGAUGAUGGAACCUUCCAGAAAAGCACCCACCUCACAGUGACGCCUGAGGAGUGGAAGAACAACAAGUAUCAGUGUGUGGUUCAGGUCACUGGUAUCAAGAAGGACUUCAUCAAGGUUCUGACUGAGUCUGAGAUCCAGACCAACUGGGGAAAGACCAACAGGGGUGCAAAUGACCCAAACACCGUUGGCCCCGCCAUUGGAGUGGCUGUAGCUCUCCUGGUUGUUGUUGUUGCUGUUGUUGGGGUCGUCAUUUGGAAGAAGAAGAGCAAGAAAGGCUUUGUUCCAGCCAGCACUUCUGACACUGACUCUGAGAACUCUGGGAAAGGUGCCCAGAAGACUUGAUAAACCUCUGCACUUCUGUGACAUCAGAGAAGGAAUGGAAACAACAAAUGUUGAACUUCCCAAGAACGUAACACAUACGUAUACUCACACACACAUCAGUCUCACACACACAAGUUUACACACACUGUAAACAUAGAAUCCAUAUAUAAAAAAUAUCUGCUGUCAGAAAUAUUCUUUGGUGAUUUCCUUGAAACAGUUUUACUUUAAUUUAAUCCAUGGUUUGGCUUUUUAAAAUUGAAUUUUGUUGAAUUAUAUAAUGUAAUAUUGCCACUGUGUGAUAGAUGUACAGUAUCUCAGUCUUACAGGUAUAUUAGAAUCAAUGGAACACCAUGAAAGUGUGUUUCUGGAAAGGAUUAGAUGGGUUUGUUUGUAGGUUUUGGUGGUAUAAGAUACAGUAAUUGUGUGACGUUAUAACUUUGCUCACACUAACUUGUUUAAUUGUAUGGCCAUAAGCCAGACAAGGCCUGUCCACAUGUUCCAUUUGUACAUUUUUCUCUUUUACCGAAAGUGGCGUUAUUUUUCUAGCUGUUUUGAUUUUAUGAUACAUUUUGAUUUAUGAUGGGGCAAAACACUUUUGGACUAUACGUUCUGUAGUUGGUGAUGGGGCAAGUGAACAUGUAUUUUAUUGCAAGUGUAAAUGUGAUCCAUUUAAGGUAUGCAUAAUCAACCAGCCUAACAAGACCAAUUAGAGACCAAAUUCAUGCAUUCUGUAAUAAUGUUCUUACAGCUUUCAAUAAAGUCU